GUUAAGCUGGGUUUGCCAAACUAGAUAGCCGAACGCGGUAUCUGAAAAUAAAGGUUUCCCCUUCUUUCUCUCUACUGCAACCAAAAAAAAAAAUGGCGGCUUCCUCUAGAAGAUCGAGCGGACCAGUACUAGGGUCAUUCUCUCGUUCUGGAAAAUUCAACUCUUCGCCCAUUCCCUCCUCAUCUUCCUCUGCCUUCGCUUCCUCAAGCUCCGGUUUCUCUUCCCGAACCACCGGUUUCUUUCAAAGAUCGGCGUCCCGCACCAAGGUCAACCUCUAUGGAUCUGCUCCCUCAUCACCUUCCGUACGAUUCUCCCUAGACCGUCCCAUAUCUCCCAGUCGAUCCAUCUCCGCCACUCCCCGCACUCAGGUCGUGAAGAAGCACACCAAUCCUUUGUCGGCGCCCUCGACUCCGAAGCGUAGUUGUAUGUGCUCGCCUACAACACAUCCUGGCUCCUUCCGAUGCAGUCUCCACAAAGGUUUCAACAAUCACUCCGCUCCCUACUCCUCCAACCGGCUCAACGCUCGGAGAUCAGCGAUGACGAAUUCGCUGGUCAGAAUCGGGACCGUCGAGGGAGACUUGGUGAAGAGGGCUUUGGCUGCUCUGAUCCGACCAUCGUCUCACCAGCAACGCCGGCGAUCGGGUUUCCAGCCAAGGCCCAGCCGACUCUCCAACAUGUCGAAAGCCGAGGAUUUGUGAUAUAGUCCAGGGGUAUGUUCGACAAUAAACUUUUCAAACCCUAUAUUGUUUUCGCUAUAAUCAGAGUUUUCCGGCGAUGGAGGCGUCAGAUCCCGGCCGAUUGUGGCCAGAUUCCGGCGAGUUCGCGUACAACCUGAUCGGUGCUCUUCGGAACGGACCUGUUUUUUGUACUCCGGUGACCGAAACCCUAAGAACCGAUACUUUGUGUAUAUAUAUCAGUUAAGCCAUUGGUGCCAAUUGAAGGAGCUUUUUGGACAUUAAA